AGUCGACUUUUAGAUCCCUAAUUCAACGCGACGGACGGAUUUUUUAUCUCACGAUUUUAGAUUAUUAGAUUAUUUAUUAAACUUGUAUUACUAGAGAAAAGCCCAAAAAUUUUAUUACUCCAGAAGUGACCUAAUACCUAUUCUAAAUUACAUAUUUAAAAACAUAAAAUAAGAAAGCCUAAUAUCGAAGACUAAAAGAAUCAUUCGUCACAUCAGCUAAAAAUAAAAUUAACGUCUGCAAAAAAAUACACUGUCAUCAGCAAUUGCGGAUGCUUGCUGCUGGUCUGUGGGGGCUUGCGGUUCCGUAGUUUAAUAUACUUGUUGUUUUUGAUCUCCAGGCAGCCAGUCAGCCACUAUUAUUCAUAUAUAAGGAAAUCUGAAUUUCAGAGAACAUUUCUUUAGAGGAAGUCGGAAGCAACAAAUUCAAAGAAAUGGAGUUUUUGUUUGGCUCGCGAUCAAGUAAAACAUUUAAACCCAAAAAGAAUAUACCCGAAGGUACACAUCAAUAUGAUCUCAUGAAACAUGCUGCAGCCACACUAGGAUCGGGUAAUUUACGAAAUGCGGUGGCUCUUCCCGAUGGCGAAGACUUAAAUGAAUGGGUUGCCGUAAAUACUGUGGAUUUCUUUAACCAAAUCAACAUGUUAUAUGGCACAAUUACCGAAUUUUGCACCGAAGAAAGCUGUGGCAUUAUGUCAGCCGGUCCCAAAUAUGAAUAUCAUUGGGCCGAUGGCUUUACCGUGAAGAAGCCCAUAAAAUGUAGUGCCCCCAAAUACAUUGAUUAUCUGAUGACCUGGGUGCAGGAUCAAUUGGACGAUGAAACAUUAUUCCCCUCAAAAAUCGGAAUACCAUUUCCCAAGAAUUUCCUCAGCAAUGCCAAGACUAUACUGAAGCGUUUAUUCCGCGUCUAUGCUCACAUUUACCAUCAGCAUUUCUCAGAGGUGGUGACCUUGGGCGAGGAGGCCCAUCUGAAUACAUCGUUUAAGCAUUUCAUCUUCUUUGUGCAAGAAUUCAAUCUAAUUGACCGCCGCGAAUUGGCACCCUUGCAAGAACUCAUUGACAAGUUGACGGCUAAAGAUGAACGGCAGAUAUAGGAUUCGUUGCAACUGGGAUCCACAUCCCAUGGUAUGGAGUUUUGAGUGUAAAAGAACUUGCUUCUUUUUUUCUUGAAUUUUUUGAUUUUUUUUAUUAUAAAAAAUUCGUAUUAUGAUUUGCGCGCAAAUUCAGUUCUUUUUUUGUAUUAAUGUGUUUAUGAUAUAUAAAUAAGUAAAUGUAUAACAAGUAUUUUCAGUUUACAUUUUUGCAAGAAUCAAAAAAAAACCAAAAGAAGCCACCGAUGACCAUGAAGAAACAAUCAACACAAAAUUUUGUACAGAAAACAAAGAAAAUUCAGCACACAAAACAUGUUAAAUUUUAAAUUUAGAAAAACAACAACAGGAAAUUUAUUUAAGCACAAUCAUUGGAUGAUCGAUCAUUUGAGUUUGUAACAAACAUUACUUGAUACACAUAACUACAAACAAACACACACUGAAUAAACUAUUAGUUAUAAUUAUUUAUAA